AUGGCAGGCUUAAAGCUAGUUGACGCGAGCCCUGAAGGUACGGCCGAUUUCGAGUUCCUAAUCGAUGAGCGCUAUAUGAAUAUCAACGACGUCAUGCAUGGUGGCGCGGCGGGUGUUAUUUUCGAUAUGUGUACUACGACUGCUUUGGGGCCGCUUUCGAGGCCAGGUUUCUGGGAGUUCCUAGGCGGCGUAACUCGAACGUUAAAUAUCAGCUAUCUGCGUGCAAUUCCCCUCGGUUGGUCCCUUCUCUCUUCUCCCUUUCCUCCAAAGCCCCCACUCUUACCAUCCUUCCCUUCCCACUUAUCUCACUCUGUCUCAACCAAAUUAGGAACAACCGUCCGCCUCCAUAGCGUGGUAACCCAAGCUGGUCGUACCAUGGCCAUGAUCCGCGGUACCAUGAGCAGUUUAGACGGCAAGACGAUAUAUUGCACGUGCGAGCACCACAAAGUGCAUAUUCCAACGCCCGCAGAGCACUUGAAGCAUAGGGUUGCGUGGGACGAACUCUGGGAGAAGGACGGGAAAAGGGUGGAGGGAGAGAAUGAGCGGAAAGAUAAGAAUGGGGAACAGAAGGCAAAAUUAUGA